CAAGUUCAAAAAACAAUCACACUGAGUCUGAAAUGGUUUGAUCAAGGAUCCAGUUCUCUAAACCCAUUCUUUCUGAAAGCCUACUCUGCUCUGAUUGGUCAUGGCCCAGUCUGUUGUGAUUGGUCAACCAAAGGAAACGAAAUGCCCAUUACCAUGCUGAAUUUCUGUUCCUGAAGCUUCCUCAGCAUAGCAUUUGUACAGACAGUGAUAUGAACAGUAACGUUGGUGUCGGUUUAACCGUAUAAAUUCGAGUCCUCAUCCUUUUGAAGUGCAUGCAAAGUGGAUUUGCUUUCGCAGUGCAGAAAACAGCGUCUUCUCAACAUGUCGUCAACACAAGCCAAACUCUUCCAGGCCUCAGCUACAACUACAGUGUUUGUGGGCGGGUCAAAGUAGACGUUGUUCACAGGCAACCAAUGAAGACGAUAUGCAGGACAUCCUGAGAAGGAUGACUGGGAAAACUCAAACCAGCAAUAUAACAAAUAAGACAGAUCCUCACUCUCUGAAUUCCAGAGUGUUCAUUGGAAACCUCAACACAGCUGUGGUCAAGAAAACUGACAUUGAGCUAAUUUUUGCCAAGUAUGGCAAGAUCACCGGCUGCUCUGUGCACAAGGGCUUUGCUUUCGUCCAGUAUGCCUGCGAGAGGAACGCUCGCUCAGCUGUGGUUGGCGAGAACACCAGGGUGCUUGCUGGACAGACCUUGGACAUUAACAUGGCUGGAGAGCCCCGUCCUUACAGGCCAAAAGUGGGAUCUAAGCGUCCCUUCUCCUUAUACAGUGGCUAUGAAUUUGAUUAUGAUUUCUACAGGGAUGAUUUCUAUACCAGGAUUUUUGACAUUCAUGGGCGAUUUGAACCAUCCCCUCGGGCUAUGAUACCUAUCAAGCAUUCCCGCUUGGUUGCACUCUCAACACGCAGGACGAAAAACUCUUUCCAGCCAAAGAUGUCCACCUGCUCUUCUUAUCUAAGAACGCUGUCAUCAGGUUCCUUACGCUCUAUGGUGAAAUCCGAUCAACUCCUGACAAUCAAGAAAGAACUGUCUCAGAUCAAGAUUAAGAUCGACUCCUUACUGGGAAGGCUAGAGAAGAUUGAACGGAAGCAGUUAGCAGAAGCAGAAGCCCACAGGAAGCACGAGAAGGCCUAUCAAUCUCUCUAUAGUGAGACAGAAGAAAAUUCUGGAGAGGAUGUGGAUCAGGAACAUCAGACGUGGGACGUGACUGAUGAAUGUGAUGAUGGAUAUGAUGACAGGGUAAACAAUGAACUGAUAGAAAACCACAUAUCUGAUGUAGACAACUGAACAAGGACUGAGACCAGUGCACCUAUAAUGUUUACUAUUUUUUGGAAGAUAUCAAGCUGGAAUUGUUGACUUUUCCAUGUCAAACUAUUUAUGUAUUAAGUAUGUAUAUGUAUAUGUAUUUAUUUCGUUCAAUCAUUAUUUUUUGUAAGAAAUUUGAGAUCUAUGAAGUUAUUCUGAUAUCUGCACACAUAAACUAAAACUAAAUGGUGAAAACUGUAACUUUGAUUUCAACUAUGUAAAAUAAUUCAUGUAUUUUGUCUAGAAAAAAAGUGAUAAACUUAAGUGUCAUUGUCAUAAAGGUUUACAAAUAAAUGGAAAAUGUUAUAUUGUAGUGUAUGUGCAUUUUAUUUUUCAGCAUUAAAUGAUUAUGUUUAAGUAAUAUUUAUUGAAUGCACAUUUAUGUAUAGCCUAGGCAUAAGUAAACUAUCAUAAAAUGAGUGAUGUCUCACACAUCAUUAGCUACCUUUUACAUCUCUGUCUAGUUCUUUUCUAUAUUUCUUCUUUAUUUUAUGUGUUUAUAUUGUGUGACAUAUUUGUGAAAUAAAAUCAGCCAGACAUCAA